AUGAACCAGAUGGUAAAAUUCAUCCGCUCCUGCGUCGACACUUGCGACUCUGAGCAUGCUCUCUGCAAACAACCGACGCUACGGAUGCCUGCGCGUGUUCUCGAUGUUGGCCGCAUGGACGACAACCAGGUCCAGCUCGUGGACACAGCAAGCAUGAUGGUUUCUCCCUAUGUUGCACUCAGUUAUUGCUGGGGCGAAUCAAACCAUCUCUUGACCACCGAAAAGAACUUUCAAGACAUGACGACCGGAAUCUAUGUUGCGGAGUUUCCACAGACCAUCAGAGAUGCGGUGGAAGUCACUAGGAGGCUCAAUCUGAAAUACCUCUGGGUGGAUGCUAUCUGCAUUAUACAGGAUUCUGCGCUUGACUGGGAAGUCGAGUCGGCGAAGAUGGCUUCCGUCUACCACAAUGCGUACCUGACUAUUGCCGCAGGCACCUCGGCUUGCGCAUCCGAAGGCUUCCUUGACCAACAGCAUCUCUCAGCUUCCCAUGAAACGCCGUUUAGAAUGAAGUGGCGCACGGAUAGAGGGGAAACCUCCAUCCUCGCGGUCAGGGCCGUGCCAGCCAGACAUACCCAUUCCAUCAAUCUCGCCGGUGACCGGCAGAAUUCACUUCCCCUCAAUACUAGAGGCUGGAGUCUUCAAGAAGAGCUCCUUUCCCGAAGGACGAUUACGUAUACGCAGAACGAGCUCUGGUGGACAUGCCAAACUCAGAGAGACUGCGAAUGCCACGCCUUUGACGAGAUCACCAGAGACGGUCCCAAGGCGCUGAUGUCCCCUACCUUGAUGACUACUCACUCGGCCGCCUUUGAGCAAUGGCAGGCUGUCGUCAGCGAGUUCAGCACACGGAAACUCUCUUACGAAUUGGAUAAGCUGCCUGCCCUGUCCGGCCUUGCCAGUGUUGUCCAGAAGAAGACUGGAUCCUCCUACGUCGCUGGACUGUGGAAAGACAACUUUGUGCGGGAUCUGAACUGGUAUUCUCCAGCAAGGACCUUGGAUAAGCUGGAAGACGCAAAGGCCAAGGCCACCGGGGCCUACUGUGCUCCCACCUUUUCAUGGGCGUCGGCCAAUGGUCUCAUCGGCUUUUUCAAGGGAUCUUUUGCGGUCUCGCAAACGGGUGUAGUUCCCACUACGGAAUGGGUUGCAAGAUGCACCCUGAUCGCUGCCAAUACAGUUGUGGGUGGGAGCAACCCCCUUGGCCGAGUAGAGUCCGGCUAUGCUACUUUACGCGGGCACCUUAGUGAAGCUUUGCUUGGAGUUUCCACGGCAUGUCCGAGUGGGAUGGAGUCCCACACGCUGAGAUAUCACGGAGAGUGGGUGAGAUUCCACCCGGAUAUGCAGUUGGAAGAGGUUCAACUCACCGCGGCCGGAUCGAAGGGGGCACCGGCGGUAUCCAUGCGUCGAUCCCCAGCCGGCUCCAGAGCACAGACACUGCGUUCUGAAUCACCCGUUCUUCUAUUUUAUCUCGGGGACUGGGGUUUCCCUGACCAGGAGAUUAUACGGAUACAGAGGACGUAUCUCGUCUUAGGGAGGUCACCUUUGGAUACGAGCCAGUACGAGAGGCUGGGCCUGGCGCAUCAUGAGCCUCGUUUUGAAUUGAACAAGACUGCCCAAGGGUGCGAAGGGUGGGUUGAAACCAUAACCUUGUGGUAA